AUGAGAGUAAGUUAUGUGAAGUGUGCAUGUCCAGUAUUGGCGGUAACUGUCGUGCUUCUUUAUGUGAGCUCUGUCAAGCAGAAGAUCCAAAGCCAUGAGAAGAUGUUGUACCGAGCCCAGCAGAACAUCUCACUACACAACGCACGUAUUCUUAACAAACUGGAGGAGUUGGAGUUUCAUGUUAACCAGAUAUUCAAAACUUCACGAAAUGUGAGGAAGGACAAGACACCAGCACAGAGGAUGUUCCCAAACUCGCAGUUAUUCAAGAAGUGGACUGUUGAUCUUUCUGAGGAAGACUUGAGAAAGGCUGAAGAUCUCUUUCAGAAAUAUGGCUAUAACACCUUCCUCAGCGACCAAAUCCCUCUCGACCGGAAGCUGCCGGAGACCCGUCAUUACAGAUGCAUUGGCCGUGAAUACCCCCCCAAUCUCCCCAGCAUCAGUGUUGUUCUGAUUUAUCUGGAUGAAGCUCUAAGUGUCAUUCAAAGAGCUAUCUGCAGCAUAAUGAACCGAACCUCAGCCCACCUGCUCAAGGAGAUCAUACUGGUGGAUGACCACAGCACCAAUGAGGAUCUGAAGGAACAACUGCAUGCUUAUGUCCGCUCCAUUAAUGAGACGCACCCAGCCCUGGUGAAGAUUAUCACCCAUUCAGAGCAUCAAGGCCUGACCCAGGCAAGACUCUCGGGGUGGAAGGCUGCCAUUGGAGAUGUGGUUGCCAUCUUGGAUGCCCACAUUGAGGUCCAUGUCGAAUGGGCGGAGCCUCUGCUUGCACGGAUCCAGGCCGAUCGCAGAUUGGUCCUAAGCCCGGUGUUUGACAGAGUGAAUUUCUAUGACUUACAAGUGACGCCAUAUAUUGCGGCCGCUCAUGGCUUUGACUGGGCUCUCUGGUGCAUGUAUGAGAGCUUUCCUCCACACUGGUAUAACCAAAAUGACUCUACACAGCCAGCCAAGAGUCCCUCAGUUAUGGGCAUUCUCGUGGUUGAUCGUCUGUUCUUUGGAGAGAUUGGAGCUUUGGAUGGAGGAAUGCAGGUGUACGGAGGAGAAAAUGUUGAAUUGGGCAUCCGGGUGUGGCUCUGUGGAGGGAGUAUAGAGAUUGUUCCCUGCUCUAAAGUUGCCCACAUUGAAAGAUCCCACAAACCAUACAUGCCAGACCUCAGUGCUACCAUGAAGAGAAAUGCCCUCAGAGUGGCAGACGUUUGGAUGGAUGAAUACAAGAGAAAUGUCAAUAUUGCCUGGAAUCUUCCCUUAGAGGAACAUGGGAUAAACAUCGGAGAUGUAGCCGAGAGAAAAAGGCUGAAAGAGAGUCUGAACUGCAAACCAUUCAAAUGGUAUCUGGAAAAUGUCUACCCUCAAUUAGAUCCAAUGGAUGAUCUGCUUGCUUAUGGAGCACUGAUUAAUGUUAUGGAAACCAGUUUAUGUUUGGAUGAGGGGCCACUGGAAGGGAACAAUCCCCUUUUAUAUCCAUGUCAUUACCAGUCCUCACAGGAGUAUUACUACACAGAAAGUGGUCAGAUAAUGACUGGUCAUCUUGAUGCACAUGAUAUAUACAAAGAGACCCGCUGUUUGGUUGAUCCAGAGUUUGGCAGACUCCCAGAGCUGUACCGGUGUUCCGACGCUAAAAAGCAAAAGAAACGCAUGAACUGGGACUUCAAACAGGGAAUGUCCAUACUGAACAGAGAGACCAAACGCUGUCUGGAGAUCAGCAGUGGAGAGUUUGGAUACUAUGAGCUUUUUAUUCGGGAGUGCAGCAAACAGCACUGGAAGAUAAAGUAUGUCAUUCGAGAAUUCUGA